ACUCUGCCAGUAGUCGUUUUUUUCUAUGGCUGCGCUGAGCAAGUCAUUCGAGGCGAACCUUUGCUGGCGCAGCUGCCAAGAGCUGCUCCAUCCGCGUAGCUGCCGGCGCGCUGCACUCGAGAAUCUCUGGCGCUUUGCCUGGUCCAACGCGAAGUAUUAUCUGCCAGUGGUGUUGCUGCAUUUGGGCAAAAAUGGCAUACGUUUGGGUGGUGGCUCGUCACCCAACUUGCUGCUGGAUGCAUUGUGGUACUACGUCCAGCUGGUAGUCGGCGGCGUGCUGAAUGCCAGUCUAAUAUCCAUCUCCAUGUGCUGUCUGCGCAAUCUGCUGGGCAAAUUCCAUCUGUACACAUUGCUCUUGCUGCCAGCUGCCAUUGGUGGCAGCUUCUGUGCCUGCUUGCCCAGCCGCGUGAGGCAGCUCCAGCACACGGCCAUCUUUCAGUCUCUCAUUGAGAGUCUUCUGCUGCAUUCCAAUCCUUUGGCCAGAGCUGUUACCCACUCCCUGCCACUGCAAACGCUGAUCUUCAUGUGCUGCAGCGCCGUCAUACUGGAGGGCAGGCGGAGACGCUGUGGGCACAAUGGCUUUUGGUUUCUAACGCCCGACGCCCCAGCCACUGUGGGUCACAACUGCUCCCUCCACAUAGUGCGCGGCAUACGCAGCUAUCUGCUGAUUGGACUCCUUUUGGAUCUCUUCAAGGCGAUUGUUAGCUGCACCAAGGCUGGGGAUUGGCACUUGAGGCAUCUGAGUCUGCAAUCAACUGCCUGGCUGGGCUGCUACGUGGGCAUCUAUAGGGCGGUACACUGCUACUUGCAACACAGCUCUAUGGUCCCGCGACACAUUCCAGUGGUCAGAGACUCCUUCAAGCAUCCCCCGGCAUCCUUCCUUGCGGGCCUUAGCUAUUUGCUCUAUCCAAAGCCAACAAUCUUAAGUUACGCGCUGCUGGAGGCCAUUCGCACACUGUGGGCCAGCCACCGCGACACGAAGAAGGUUACAAAGAAGCCUCAGGCAUUCGGCUUUGGCGAUCUAGCGUUUCCUGUUGCACUGGCAUACCUCAUACAUAACUACGUGCUGCAGUGCCAGCGUGUGAGCGGACUCUCCGGCGUCAUCAUUGACAGCACGACAGCUAACUACGCAUUAAACAUAAGAAAGCGUCUGGCACGACUGUGUUGAAUCGAUUACACUCUUGUUAUAUGUACGUUCCGUUUAAAUACACUUUUCCAAAUGCUUUGCAUAUUAACCUA